UAGCUAACAUAUUUAAACCUCCCAUGUUCCUCAUCCAAUGGGUGACGUGGGCAGCAGAGCAAGCCAUUCACUCAAUCCGCUUCAUGGAAGCGUAAAGAGGGGGAGGACGGACUUGUACCUGUGGGGGAAGCAGCCGUGGGACGCACAAGAUGGUUGGUCCACAGGUUGUGACUCCCGACUCCUCCCAGGAUAAAUCCAGUCGUUUCUAUGUGGUGUCCUGGACCAACAGGCUUCUCAAGACAAACUUCAAAGAUGUCAGAGAGAUGGCAUCAGGUGCAUGUCAGUGUCAGAUGAUGGACUGCACCAUUCCUGGCUCUAUUGACUUGACCAAGGUGAAGUUUGAUGCACAGAGUAAGGAAGACUUUAGCCACAACUUCAGUCUUCUUCAAGACGCCUUCACACAGAAGAAUGUUAAAAAGAUCAUUCCAGUUGAAGGACUCAUACAAGGAGAUCUCAAAACCUGCUACGAGUUCAUGAAGUGGUUAAAACUUUUCGUCACAGCAAAUGCACAAAAUAAAGAUUACAAUCCUUUGACAGCUCGAAACAACCAGGACAUAACGCCAGUGUUCACAUCUUCAGAGUCAGAAAACUCAGACAAGGAAAAAAGCAGCAGUGAAAGAUCAACUAAAACUUUCCCAUACACUGAAAAUUGGAAGGUGGAGUUUGAUUGGAUUGAUAAGAGCGUUCUCGGAGAACAGCAUACCUACUGCACCUCCUGCCACACCAACCUUUCUACAUACAGGAACGGCGCUAUGGAGCUCCGGCGACACAUGGCAACGAAUAAGCACAAAAAAAGAGCAAAACUUUUCCAGAACAGCCAAAGGAAAAGCCAAGACGGCGAGCCGUUCCCCUGCAGCGAUGCAGCUGUUCGUUUCAUUUACAAUCGCUGUUACACCGGAUCGGCUAAAGGCGAACAGGUCUCCAGACAUUUUGCGCGCUGUAAGCUGGGUCUGAAGUACCCCAAAAACCUCAUCUCUGUUAGCAAGCACACUCCAUACUGUGUUUACAUUUAUGAAGGGUUGACAGCUGGAAACAAUGACCCUGUCACUGUACUUCUGCUGGGGUUUUUUGACUAUGAAUCAUCUAAUCACUGCAUCCGUUUUCUGGAUGCUGUUCAGUUAGCAGAUGGCACGGCAGAUCAAACUGCAGCAGAUGUUGUACAGACCUUGAAAAGGUUUGAGCUUUCCACUGAUAACCUUGCUUUUUGUUACAGUGGUAAGGGUGAAGCUUCAGAGCAAUUUCUGCCACAUCUCAGGGAGCUCAAUCCAAACCUAAUAGCCUUAACAGGCCUGUAUACAAUUACCGAUGCUGCUUAUCAUGCUGGGGUUAAGGAACUCUGCAGUCAAGUUCAAGGGCUGAUGGUAGACCUGUAUGAACACUAUUCAUCCUGCUCUAUGAAGAACGGCCACCUUAAAGGUCUCUUUGGCUCAGAUAUCAUUAAGAACAGCAAGCCUUUUUACCUCAAUAUCAGCCUCCUUAGGUUUUACCAGCUGAUUACGAACUUGUUAGAAAUAUGGAGUGAUCUAAUAACAUACCUCAGCUCUUGUCCUGAGGACGAUGAAAAAGCCAAGUCAUCGUGUUUAAAGCUGAAGGAUCCCAAGGUCAAGGCAACAUUUAUGUUUCUGGAACAGGCCUUAAAACCUCUGGAAAAAUGUCAGCGGCUAAUUGAGGAAUCUUCCAGGGCUAAUAUGCCACUCAUCCUAGAAGAAGCCAGUACGUUGCUUAGCACAUACACAUCUUGCUUCCUUCAGCAUGAUGCCGCCACCCGCUACCUCAAGGAACACGAUGCUGAAAUCCUCAAAAACAAGGAUUUCCACCUCUCAGGAGAGGAUCUCAAUCUUGGUGGGAAAGCAGUGGAAGAUUUCCUGAAAACUGAUGAGGCUGCAGAGGUGCUUCCACAGCUCCAAGAAGACGUGCUUCCGUUUUACAUUGCAGUGACAGCUCGCAUAGCAGAGGAGCUACCUCUGAGUGACACGGUGCUAAGAAACGUUGCUCAGAUGCUAACUCCUCAGAGCAGCCUAAAAUUGUCACCAGAAGCUUUGGAGGAGCUGGGGAAAGAGCUGGGAAUCUGCAGCUCCCCCAAAGAGGUCAGCCAACUCAAAGAGGAGUUUAGUGAAUAUCUUCUGGCCCAGGAAGGGAAAAGUAACGAGGAAAUAAAUGAAGAAACAACGGAGAAUCACUGGGCUGCUGUUCUUCAAGGCACAGAGCCCUCCUCGGUGUUCAGAAAGCUGCUUUUAGCCCUGUUAUCAUUCCCAGGUCCUCCACUUGAUGCUCAGCAUGUUUUAUCUCAGGCUUUAGACAACGACACUGCAAUGCUUUCUGGGAGUGAAAAUGAGAUCAAUGACAGCCGCAAAAACCAUCCCAAGGUUCACACUCUAGAAUGGAAUGGCUUUGAGUUGAAGCCCUGUGAAGUCCGCCUUAUGAAGAUAAACGAUCUUUCAAUGCUGGACGACUCGCUGUCGAAUGAGGGAGUCUGGCGGGGAGGUCAUAACUGGGAGAGCAGCCUGCGCAAGCAACCACAGGCCCGUAAAGUCUUUCAGGCUGGUGUCUGUACAUGGUCCAAACCAAUAGACCUUAUUAAAGGCAUUAAAAAUGGCCAGGAGUCCAUAGAGAAAGUGCUUGAAGGAAUAUCCCCCUCCAGUAAACAACCCAGAGCUCGACAGCGUCAGUACCAGGAUGGAAAGGGAUUCCCUGCAGGGGACAUGGUGUGGGGUAAAUUACCUGGAAUUUCUCUAUGGCCUGGAUUGGUGAUGACUUGGAAAUCCAAGCACCCACCCCCAGGCAUGCGAAGGGUUGAGUGGUUUGGAGAUGGGAUGUUUUCAGAGGUCAGCACAGAGACAUUGAAGCCAUUCAGUUCCUUCACCUGGUGUUUCUGCAAAAAUUCCUUUGCUAGUUUGCCAAUCUACAGGGACGCUAUCUACCAAGCCUGCGAGUUGGCAGCCGAACGAUGUGGGAAGUCUUUUGCAAAGGCACAAGGUGAUAAAGAGCAAGAGCUGAAGUUGAUGGUGGAAUGGGCUUCUGAGGGGUUCCUACCCACAGGACCGAGGGGAUUUGCUCCACCUGACUCAGAUCAAGACCCUAGUGACUCUUCUUCCUCCGAUUAUCAACCCCCUCCAAAAAGAAAAUACGUCUUUAAAAACAGGGCAGUCAGUUCCAGCAUCACCUUCAAUAGAGAAUCACUGAAAGAAAAGGUCAAAGAAAAAGGAAAAACUAUUGAAAAUUUCUGUUUGUCUUGUGCAUCACAUGAGAUCAGCGUCCAGCAUCCCUUGUUUGAAGGCGGUCUUUGUCAGAAAUGCAAGGAGAAUUUCACAGAGACGCUUUAUCGUUACGAUGAAGAUGGCUACCAGUCGUAUUGCACUGUUUGCUGUGGAGGCUUAGAGGUCAUUCUGUGUGGGAACUCCAGCUGCUGCAGAUGUUUCUGUAAGGACUGCCUGGAGAUCCUGGUAGCCGAAGGAACCUUUGAGAAGCUAAAGGAGGUUGAUCCCUGGAGCUGCUUCAUGUGCAAGCCGUCUCAGUGUGAUGGACACCUCAGACUGAGACCGGAUUGGAGUGUCAGAGUUCAGGAUUUAUUUGCCAAUAACAGUGCUAUAGAGUUUGAGCCUCACAGAGUGUACCCCUCUAUUCCUGCUGAUAAACGCAAACCACUCAAGGUGCUCUCACUUUUUGAUGGCAUUGCAACAGGAUAUCUGGUGCUUAGAGACUUGGGCUUCAAAAUUGAAAGAUACAUCGCGUCUGAGAUCUGUGACGACUCGAUUGCUGUGGGAAUGAUCAAACACGAGGGGAAGAUUGAAUAUGUGAAUGAUGUUCGAACCAUUACAAGGAAACACCUGGCUGAAUGGGGUCCCUUUGAUCUCCUGAUUGGAGGCAGUCCAUGCAAUGACCUGUCCAUGGUUAACCCACUGAGAAAAGGACUCUUUGAGGGCACUGGAAGACUCUUCUUUGAGUUCUACCGCAUUCUGACCUUGCUGAGGCCAAAGGAGGAGGACAACCGUCCAUUCUUCUGGCUGUUUGAGAACGUGGUUUUCAUGAGUGCUCAUGACAAAAAUGACAUAUGCAGAUUUCUUGAGUGCAAUCCGGUUCUUAUCGAUGCAGUGAAGGUCAGCCCCGCUCACAGAGCGCGCUACUUCUGGGGAAACAUACCUGGCAUGAGCAGACCUCUCUCUACCUCUCUCGAUGAUAAAGUCACUCUGCAGGAUUGUUUGGAGGUUGGCCGGAUGGCAAAGUUUGAUAAGGUCCGCACAAUCACAACAAAGUCCAACUCUAUAAGGCAAGGGAAGAUGGGACCACUGCCUGUCUCCAUGAAUGGCAAGGAGGACUACCUGUGGUGCACUGAAAUGGAACAGAUCUUUGGCUUUCCCAAACACUACACCGAUGUGAACAACAUGGGCCGGAUGCAAAGGCAGAAGGUUCUGGGUCGAUCCUGGAGCGUCCCUGUGAUCCGCCACUUAUUCGCCCCCCUGAAGGAUUAUUUUGAAUGUGAAUAGGAACAGUGAGGCGAACCUUCUCCUCAGAGCAGCAGUGAUAAACCUUACCUUUUGGUGCUUUAAUAUUUUAUCUCCUAAAGAUCCAGUUUGGUCAUCUGUCCCUUAGCUUUUUU